AUGAAUAUGAAUUUAUCGUAUCAGGAUCCGGCUCAUGUUGCAAGUUUUGGUGGUGUUGAAGCUUUACAUCGUGCUGCAGGAGGUAAAGUUUCCAGGAAAGAGAUUCAAACAUGUAUAAAGCCAGCUCCCAUAGAAGUCAAUUCAGAAAAUGAGAGUGACGUAUGGUUUACCUUGUAUAAAGAUCAUCCUUCUAACGUUUCUAAAUGUAUAUUCGCUGUAGGAGAUGUGGUACGUGUUUCCAAACUAAAGCUUACUUUCGAAAAAGGCUAUGAAACCAAUUGGACUGAAGAACUAUUUGUGGUGACAGAGUGUGUUAAAAGACAUCCAGCUGUGUAUAGAAUUAAAGAUUUACUUGGAGACUCAGUAAAAGGAACGUUUUAUGCACAAGAGUUGCAGAAAGUGAGACUGAAAGAGGAAUAUCGCAUUGAAAAAAUUUUAAAGAAACGUAUACAUAAAAAUCAGACAGAAUACUUUGUAAAAUAUCGCGGUUAUCCCGACAAAUUCAAUCAAUGGAUUCCAGCUUCUAAUUUACUCUCGAUAUAA